AUGUGUUGCACACUAACAUUUGGUGAAAAACAUACACCUAAUCAAGAAGAUAUACCUGAUGAUGAUAUACCUGAUAAAGAUGAUAUACCCUAUGAAGAAGAUACAGUUGGUAGAGAAUAUACUGUUAUCGGACAAUUAAUGUGUGGCGAAAAAUUUUUGAACGGCAGUCAUGUUGAAAUACGCACUAUGAAUGAGUACGCCGCAGCUGGAUAUCGUCUUACGCUAGAAACAAACGGCACCGGUCAAUUUCAGGGUAUCGUACGUGCUUCAUUCUUUAGCGGUUCUUUGAAAAAACAACUGAUGAUUUAUCAUGACUGUGAUGUUGACGUCGAUGUGCUUGGAAAUGAAGUCAAAGUAUCAUUUGAUAUAUCUUUUUGGGAAAUUUUCAAAUUUAAAAUCGAUUUAUGGGAAACGGGUUGUUGA